AAUAAAUAAUAGGCGAUUAUAUUAAGAAAAACUACGUUCAAGUGAACAAGAAAUUAAAUAAAUCAGAAAAUAUACAAAAGAAAGUAAAAUAAUUCUAUAAAAAGUGAAUCUUAAGCAACAAGUUCUAUAAAAAGAAAAACUAUUACAAAUCAUUCAUCAAGUUUAUAUUCACAACAAAGAAGAAAAACAAAGUCACACAAUGGUAGCAAUUGGUAUUGAUUUGGGUACAACAUACUCCUGUGUUGGUGUCUUCCAACAUGGAAAAGUUGAGAUUAUUGCCAACGAUCAAGGCAACCGAACAACACCCAGUUAUGUUGCCUUCACAGACACGGAACGUCUCAUUGGUGAUGCGGCGAAGAAUCAAGUUGCCAUGAAUCCCAAGAACACAGUAUUUGAUGCAAAACGUCUUAUUGGUCGCAAAUAUGAUGAUCCUAAGAUAAUGGAAGAUAUUAAACACUGGCCAUUCAAAGUGAUCAGUGAUGGUGGCAAACCGAAAAUCGGUGUCGAAUUCAAGGGUGAACAUAAGAAAUUCGCACCAGAGGAAAUCAGUUCAAUGGUGUUGACAAAGAUGAAGGAAACUGCCGAAGCCUAUUUGGGUCAGACAGUAACCGAUGCAGUAAUUACAGUUCCUGCCUACUUUAACGAUUCACAGAGACAAGCCACCAAAGAUGCUGGUCGUAUUGCUGGUUUAAAUGUAUUGAGAAUUAUCAAUGAACCCACGGCGGCUGCUCUAGCAUAUGGUCUCGAUAAGAACUUGAAAGGUGAACGUAACGUACUCAUCUUUGAUUUGGGCGGUGGUACUUUUGAUGUCUCCAUCUUAACCAUCGACGAAGGUUCAUUAUUUGAAGUGAGAGCAACAGCUGGCGAUACUCACUUGGGUGGUGAAGAUUUCGACAACAGACUCGUCUCACACCUGGCCGAUGAAUUCAAACGCAAAUACAAGAAAGAUAUACGUUCUAAUCCCAGAUCAUUGAGACGUCUAAGAACUGCUGCUGAACGUGCCAAACGUACAUUGUCAUCCAGCACUGAAGCCUCCAUUGAAAUUGAUGCUCUAUUUGAGGGUCAAGAUUUCUACACUAAAGUGAGUCGUGCCAGAUUUGAAGAAUUGUGUGCUGAUUUAUUCCGUCAAACAUUGGAACCUGUUGAGAAGGCCCUUAAUGAUGCUAAAAUGGACAAGAACCAAAUACAUGAUAUUGUACUGGUUGGUGGUUCUACACGCAUCCCUAAAGUUCAAAGUCUUCUUCAACAAUUCUUCUGUGGCAAGAGUCUAAAUUUGUCCAUUAAUCCCGAUGAAGCUGUGGCCUACGGUGCUGCUAUUCAGGCGGCUAUACUUAGCGGUGAUAAGAGCAGUGCUAUUCAAGAUGUUCUGCUGGUAGAUGUGGCUCCACUAUCACUUGGCAUUGAAACUGCUGGUGGAGUAAUGGCAAAGAUCAUCGAACGCAACACACGCAUUCCAUGCAAACAAACACAAACCUUCUCCACCUAUUCUGAUAAUCAACCUGGUGUAAGCAUCCAAGUCUUUGAAGGUGAACGUGUCAUGACAAAGGACAACAACAAAUUGGGCACAUUUGAUCUCUCUGGUAUUCCACCAGCUCCUCGUGGUGUGCCACAAAUUGAAGUCACUUUCGACCUUGAUGCCAAUGGCAUUCUAAAUGUUUCUGCAAAGGAGAUGAGUUCUGGCAAUGUCAAGAACAUCACUAUUAAGAACGAUAAAGGACGUUUGUCACAAGCCGAAAUUGAUCGUAUGGUCAGUGAGGCUGAGAAAUUCGCUGAAGAAGAUGAGAAGCAGAAAAAUAAGAUUAGUGCUCGCAACAAUUUGGAAGGUUAUGUGUUUGGUGUAAAACAAGCAUUAGAUCAAGCUGGUGAUAAGAUUUCUGCACAGGAAAAGGGUGAAGCCUUGCGUGCAUGUGAAGAUACAAUCAAGUGGUUAGAUGCCAAUACAUUGGCUGAAAAGGAAGAAUACGAAGACAAGAUGAAUUCACUCACAAAGUUAUGCACACCAAUAAUGACCAAAUUACACAAUGGAGGAGGUGCUGGACCAUCAUGUGGUCAACAGGCUGGUGGAUUUGGUGCCGGCAGAAGUGGUCCCACUGUAGAAGAAGUAGAUUAAAUCAAUAUUAAUCAAUCUCAAUGUCAUUCCAAGAAACAAUUCAUCAUUAAAACUCAUGUAUAUUGUUAAGUUCAUUUAGAAUAAGAAAUAAUUUAUUUUUAGCAAAUAAGAUCUCAAAUAUAGAGAAAUAAAUAAAUUGUUUUAUGUUAAAACAAAUAUGUAAAUUAUAA